ACAGACCUCGUGGUGAACUAUCUCCGACUCAGCCAUAUUGAAAUAUUGAAUGUCUCUGUUACACAAGGGCUCAAGAGUAGCCGUGAAAUUUUCGCGUGAUCCUCGUCGAAUAGAGGAUAAGAGACAUCAUGGAAAAUAUGUACAGCAUUACUGUCACCAACAAAUUCUCGUUAGCAUUGGGUGAUGACGAAGAUCCACUUGAGAAAUUGAGAGAAGAGGAACUAAAGAAAGAAGCUAGGAAAAAGGAGAAGCUCUCGGAGAAGGAGAAUAAGAGUAAGCAGCCGGAUGCGCAAAAGGGAACCGGUAAUAAAACACAAAAAACCCGCGUGAUAAAAGAUGCCCAGCAACAACCGUCUAAGGUGCAAGACUCGAAGAAAGAUCAAGCUGAGAAGAAGCCACCACAAGCGAGAACUGGAGGUGGAGAUCGUAAUGUGAAAUUUUCUGCAGAAAGCAGAGAGGAACGUAACAACAGACGUAAUCGUGAAGAUGGUGAAAGAACACCUCGGGGUCAGGGAGAAUUAAGACGAGGACCUCCUGGCGAGGGACGUGAAACACGUGAAUUUCGAAAUUCUAAUGACACUCAACGUGGAGAAUAUGGAGAACGCAGAAACCGUGGCGGAAUGCGUGGAAUGGCACGAACACGUGGAGGUCCACGUGGUCGCGGAGGAUAUGAUUAUCGCGGAAAACGUGAAUUUGAUCGGCAGUCUGGUUCAGAUAAAACCGGAAUUAAACCCGUGGACAAAAAGGAUGGUGCUGGUAGCCAUAAUUGGGGUACCCACAAUGAUGAAAUUGAGGAGGGUCUGAAUCAAGAGAAUCAAGAUUGGGCUACUGAGAAACCUGAUGCAGAUACUACUCAAACAUCUACAGAAGCAAAGGAAGGUGAGACCACUGCAGAUGCAACAGAAGAAAAGCCGGUUGAGGAAGAAUCACGUGAAAUAACAUUAGACGAAUGGAAAGCACUACGUAAUAACAGAGUAAAGCCUCAAUACAAUUUACGCAAGGCCGGAGAAGGUGAAGAUUUGUCUCGCUGGAAGAAAAUGUACGCGCUUGAAAGAAAGAAAGAAGGAGCCGAAGAGGAGGAAGAAGAAGAGGAAGAAUAUGAUGCUGCAGCAGAAUAUCCUCAGCGCGUUGGAAGGCAGAAACACGUAAUAGGCAUUGAGAUUCAGUUCAGUGAUUACCGGCGCGGUUCUGGUGGACGUGGUCGAGGACGAGGUCGUGGGGAUCGUGCUAAUGGACGUGGAUUUGGAAAUCGUGGUGCUCCUCGAGAUGGAGACACACGUGGUCCGGCUAUACAGUCUGAGCAAAGGUCACCCCGAGGACGCCAGAACGCUCCCAAAGUAGAUGAUGAAAACGACUUCCCUUCAUUGGGAUAGGUGAUUUCGCUCAUCGUCUACACAGUAUCCCACCAUUACCACCACAAUCAGUACUGCUACCACAGAUAAAAUUACAAUACUAAAAAUAUUACUAUCGAUAUUUUUGCGUCAGUGACAACGUUAUUAAUGCAUAAUACAGUAAACCCUUGCAAAAUGAGAUACGUAAUUUAUCUAAGUAAAUUGUAGCGCUCGCACGCGCUCCUACAUCGGCACAUUAAUACACAGGAUGUCUAUGCUAAGUUGUUACAGUUCCGUUAUUUCUUAAGAACCGAAGAUACAAACAAUUGUUUAUAUGAAAGCUGUAUGGUAAAAAGGGGCAAAUAUAUUGACGGAAACAAAUUUUUUUAUGUUGUUAGAACUAUAUAUUUUUUCCAGUUCAAAGUGCUUGAAGAUGAAUUUAAUCAUGUAUGAUAUAUUGAUACUGUGCUUACAAGUUUAUUGAUUUACAGCGGAAGAAGAUCCGUACGAAUAGAAAGUACCGAUGGCGGUCAACGUUUGGGUCUGCCAUUCCUGGCGCAGACUCAUAUUUGGUUGAAGAGACAAUAUAUAACACAUGGUACUUAGGUAAAAAUAAGACCACCAUUGAUAAUUUCAAAAUAAUAAACUUGUAAGUUUCAGGAACUAUUUAAGAAAAAAUAUACCAAAUGCUUGUCAAAUAUAUAUACAUAAUUCCAUUUCAAAAAAUGAAUUUAUUUUUAAUAUUUCAUAAGAUAAAGAAUAGAUAUCUUUCGUGAAUAUAUUUGCCUCAUCACACAUCUUCUAUACGAAUAAUUAUUUUGCAUUUUUAUUGCGUAAAAAAUGACAAGACUGUAACAACUUAACGCGGACGCCCUAUUAACAUAAGAAAUCGCAUGGUAUAAAAAUGUAGAUCAUGGUCCUUUUUUGUACUUUUAAUAACUCAGUUUGCCCGUAACUAGUUCAUAAAUUGACAGUAAUAAGAACGAUGCUGGAUAUUAAUGGACUUGUUAAAUAAUUGUGAACUUUGAUAUAGAAAGUGGCUGACGUUAAGCGGACCAGCAGGAAUGUAAUAUCAAAAAUUCAUUUAACACGAGGUAGUUCCAAGUUGAAAUCUGAGUGAUACACCCUUACGAAUGGAAAUAAAAAUUCCACUUAUGCAAAGAACAAUGAAGAGGCUAUUCGCCUCGAUUUUAAUUUUGAUGUCGUAUAUUGAAGGCCUAAGGAGGCUGACCAUAGCACCGACUCUUAUAAACACACGUGUAUAAUAACUUGUUAGAUGGUAAAUUUUAAACAUUCUUUCUGUUUUAUAAUUUUUAUACGGUGUUUGGAGAAGCCUUCCUUGUAAUCGACAAAUUGUUGCCUGUCGAACAUAAAACGUAAGAGACUUUUAAAAAAGCGUGUAUUUCUAUCCAAGAAAAAAAUAUCUCUGAUAUUAUAAAGUGUCUACUUAGGAAUGCUAAGUUUGGCUUAUAUAGAAGUACGUAGAGAUUUUUCCUUUCAAAGAUGUAACCGGUCUGUAAGAAGUUAACAUUUAAGUGAAUAUUAGAAAUAUUGAUAUACAGCUUUACAUAUAUAUUGUAUAACAAGUUUAAGAGAGCGAUUGAGACACGUUGAGAGGGUAGAUAGGAUGAUUCCAGUCUUGCGUAGUUACGUUGUACGUCGAGCAUCAUGUUCUUAAUUAUGACCCACUAUAUUACUUACCUAUUGUAUUUGUUACAUGUAAAAUGAAAGAUACUUCAGCCAAAAAUUCAAGCCCUCUCUAUAAAUAUUAAAAGAAAAAAAAAAACAAAAAAGAACGUUAUAAAGCUGUUUUCAAACCUAGGUAUAUGUGUAAAUAACAUGAUAUUUACAAUAAUAAAUUGUGACACAUAAGAGUCACUUUGGACUUGACUACUUAACCAGUCGAUUUGCAAAGAAAUAAUCAAGAAAGGGUUUUUAUUUGUGCAGUAUAUAAAAAAAAUGUGAGUACAAAAGAGAAGAAAAGAAAACAAAAAUAUGUACCAUCUACAUCGAAGCUUGUAAGGUGUAACGAGAAUUAAGCGUCACUGAAAGCUAUGAGAAGAAAUGAAAAACGUCGGAGGUGCUGUACCCAAUAAAGUUAUGAGUCAAAUUUCACUGUAA